GAAGCGCUUCGUUGAAGGCAGGAUUGCGGCAUACAGCAAGAAAAAUCGGUUUUAAAUUUGAUUAAACGGAAAUAUAAACCCUCAAUUAAGUCGUUUAGAACAGAGGAGAUUCUCGCUUUGUAUUUCAGUACCGUUACGCAGGUUGACUCUGUAUUCAAGUGGCUCAUAAACCUCCCUCAAUAUUAAAUAGUUUCUGGAUAUACCCGAGUGAACCUCGCCAUGUGUCAAGUUGAUGAGGACUAUGAAGACGCUCAGCUAGAGACUAAAACUGUUCCGAGCGUUUCUCGUAAAUGUAUGAAAUGUAAAGGCGGCUCAGCUGUGCUGAUUAUUCGAGUUGGAGAUGCCUUUUGCGGGGACUGCUUUAAGGAGUAUUUUGUACACAAGUUCCGUGCCAUGUUGGGGAAGAACCGUCUUAUAUUUCCAGGGGAGAAGGUUCUACUAUCUGUGUCUGGAGGUCCUGCAUCCAGUGCUCUUCUCUCUCAGGUCCAAGAGGGUUUGAGUCGUGAAACACCCAAAAAGCUGCGUUUUGUUCCUGGGAUAAUCUACGUCGACGAGGGAGCUGCUUGUGGGCAGAGCCUAGAAGAGCGAGGUGAAGUUAAAAGCCAGCUGGAAUCGAUAUUCCGAGCAUCUGGAUUCCCAUUUUAUAUAGUCCACUUGGAGGCGGUUUUCAGUCUCCCCAGUUCAGUCCUGCAGUGUGCAUCCUCAAACCCAGACAGGCGGAAUGAGAGCUACAAAGAGGCAGUGGAUGGAUUUAUUCAGAGUGCCAGCUCCGGAACCCAGAGGGAGACAGGUCAGGGGUCCAAUUCAUACACAGAGGUCCAAACCCUGCUGUCAGAGCUCAAUACCCAGGAUUGGUCUGGAGAGGGGGGCCCAGUGACCAACAGGAACCCACCCUUCACUCCAGAGCAGACCGAGGCUGUAAGGACACUGCUGGCUUCAGUGAAGACUUUGACCGCCAGGGAGGAGCUGCUGAAGACCCUAAGGCAGCAUCUGAUUCUGCACACAGCCAGGGUCGAAGGUUACUCAAAGGUGAUGAUGGGAGACAGCUGCUCUCGUCUGGCCGUCAAGCUGCUCACAAACAUCUCCCUGGGGAGAGGGGCAUUCCUCGCCAUGGACACGGGUUUCUCUGACCCCCGCUAUGGGGAUAUUGCCAUAAUCAGGCCCAUGAGAGAGUACUCCUCUAAAGAAAUUGCCUUCUAUAACAGGAUGUUUAAGGUCCCCUCUGUUUUCACCUCGGCUCUUGACACUAAGGCACCAGAAAAAGCAAGCAUUCAUCGCCUGACAGAGAACUUCAUCAGUAAACUUCAGGCUGACUUCCCUGCCACUGUCAGCACCAUUUACAGGACAAGUGAGAAGCUCAACACUGCCUGCUCUCGUUCUGUCACUGACGGAGAGUUGACAGAGAAAUGCCUGCUGUGCCUCUGUGCCUUGGACACUGGAGCAGAGGAGGCCACCGCAUUCCACGCCACACUUAUCUCUGAGAACCUCUCUCGUAAUAGGAUGCCUGGCACCGUCCCUGCCCUGGGGGUUGCUAAGCAACAGUGCUGUGCUUCUGGUGGUGAGCAGAAAGAGAGCUGUGGGCACAGGAUGGGUGGCUGCCACUCAGUGGACAGGACCAGCUUCACCCCUGAACUUCAAACCUUGUUGUGUUACAGCUGCAGGCUGAUCAUUAAAGACAUGACCUCUGUAAACACUAUACCUGAGUACAUCCUAUCUGAAGCAGAACGCAGGAAACGGAGGGCUCAGAUGAAAGAGGAGAUCCAAGACUUCCUACUGAAUCCAGAGAAUGAGGCAGGGGAGAUGACAGUUAGUUGACACUCGACUGGGAUGCGAUGUUAGACACUUUUAAGUUAGUUUUUUUUAGAUACCUGCAUUAACUCCACACCUUGUGCUCCUCAGAGCAGGCGUGCCUUAUAAAACACCAGUCAGUUGUUGGGAUGCAGUGUUUUAACGUGUGGCUCUUGCAUUUGCAUUUUAUCUUCUAUUUUAAGCAUUUUUGCACAUUGCCUGGAAACCUAUGGUGCACGCACCUGCUAAUGUCAAAUGACAAAUUAGUUUGGAGCCUACCACAAUACAAAUCCAUUUCAAAGCGUUAAGUCUGUCCUCUGUCUAAUAAUAUGACCGCUUGCAUCUCUCUCUGUUUUUGUUAGCAUGUUAAGUCUGUUUUCAUUUCUGUACCAAAAGCCACCUACUUUUCACAUGUAUUAAAAUACCUAUUUUAAAAACUUA